AUGGAUGAAUUACGUGGACCUAAUAUUCAAAUUGUACUUCAUGUUAAGGAAGGACUUGGGUUUGGUUUUCUUCGCUCGCCGUUUAUAGUGAGUGGCUCCCUUAAUGGGUAUAUGCUAGAGACAGAUCCUAUGGUACCUACUCAUGCGCCAGCUUUCGAUGCUGAGCUAGUUUGGGAAGCAGAUAAGAGAAGAUUUCGAAGUCUGCGAGUACAAAAUGUUCCAAUUAAGGUUGAGGUGUUUACAAUGGGCUCACAAGGGAGGAAGGAUAAAAUAGGGUAUAUCCUACUAAGUUUGCUGGGCGCACAACCUUGCCCUUCUAAUAAAAUCAUAGAUGUGAAAUACUCAUGGAAUAAAUUACUAGGCAUAAAAUCAGAAGGAAAAUGUUGUCAACCUCAAUUAUUGAUGAGUCUGUCUAUUGAAGACCGAGUCCAUACAUUAACUCCACGAAAUGAGCUACGCAUGUUUCAUAGCAAUGAAGUGGCAUAUCCACCCAUUUAUUCUCCUAAUAGUGCUAAUGGGGCGAAAACAAUGCUUUCAACACUGAAAGAGUUCAUGGACGAAAGCAAGAAAACCGUUUCUUCCCCUGAUCUCAAGCCGCAGCUGUUAUGUGAUGAGGGCCUCAUACAAAUUGGCGCUGGGGAUCAACUCUUCAUAUUAAGCUUUGUGAUAGGAUCUGUUGAGAACUUGGACUUAUUACUGCCUAAUGACAUGGGAAAAGACGCCACUGAUUGCUGUGUUACGUAUUCCAUAUUUACACACCAUAUUAUGACCGAUAGGGUCAGCUCGACUCGGCAUAAUGUGGGCUGCAGCGCGGCUUUCAACCAGCGCACCUCACUCCGUCUCCGUAGUGGGCUACCAUCCCUGGCUCGCUACUUCACUGAGUGUCCACACUUGGUUGUAAGGGUCUGCGUCGCCGAUAAAGAAGUUGGCGUGUGCAGCCUGGACCUGCGCAGGCUGGUCCCCACAGACGACGUGUGCCAUUUCGUCAGCGAGUUUGACGGCGCGCUGACGCUACAGGAGCGCUGCUACGUGCUACGGUGUGGGACUACGCCUCCCGCUACGGCGCCGAACAACGCGCCUCUACGCCGGCCAUACGUAGACAUCGAGACGUGCCUCAAGUACGUCGGCGUGGGUGACACCAAACACAGACCCAACACGUUGACGUCCCAAAGCAUCACCCAGCUGCAGAGGGGGGCCGUCGAUGGAAACUUCGAGAAGGAAGCAGUGUGCUACAAGAGCGGCAGUUGCACGCACAUAGAUCGGGACGUCGGCGGCGUCGCUUACACCAACAAGUCGGCUGGGAACACGGCUAGAUACAAAACGGCAACGGGCGAGGAGGUGCUGCGUUCCAGCGAAAUAGCGGAGCUGCUGCGGAAGAUGUGCGACUCGUUCGCCCUCAGCCAAGAGAAGCUUCUGGAAGCGCGCAGUAGGCCAAGCACCAGCGAUGUUCAAGUGCAGUGCGGCCCAACGGAGACGAAGGGAGACGGGGGAGAUGAGAAGAAUGGAGAUGCUAAGAGAACAGACACUGAAAGUGAAAAGACUUGUGCAGACACCAAAGCGCAAGCUAAACAAAAUCCACCGCUACCUUACACAGAGAAAGAUCUGGUGAAACAAGUUAUACCUGCCCUGGACAGGGAUGCUAUUAUGCAGAAGUUCGUCAACGAGCUCGAGGAUUGGAAGGAGAGGCAGCAGGAGCUGUUCAAAUGUCAGCUGAAGCGCAAAGAGGAGUACCACCUGGAGCUGCUGGCGCGGGAGUGGCGGGCGCGGCGCGAGGAGCUGGAGCUGAAGCUGUCGCGCGGCGUGGAGCGGUGCCGCUGCCUGGCGCACGAGCUCAGCGCCGCCACGGACGACUUUCGCCUGCGCGGCUACAGGAACACGGAGAGGGAGAGGAAGUUGCUGGAAGCCAAGAAGGCGCUGGAAGCACACUACACUUCCAAAUUCCAAGAGCUGAGGGAUGCGUCUCAGAAAAUGGAGGACGACAUGCAGCACCAGAUAAAGCUGAGGGACAUGAGGGUCGAGGAGUUGGAGAUGAAGCUGCAACAGCAGGAGAAACAGAUAGAAGUGCUGACGAACAAUUUGAAAACCGCUGAGAGGGACGCAGAAAGUAAGCACUCCGGCUUGACCAAGGAUCAGACGGCAAGCUUGAUACAGGAACUGCGCUGCCUCGAGGAGAAGUUGGACAGCGCGUCGCGCGCGAAGGCGUUCUUCAAGGAGCAGUGGGGGCGGGCGGUGCGCGAGCUGCACGUGGACAAGAUGAGCUGCCGCAGGCGGAUGCUGGCGCAGCUGCGCAGGGACAGGAGGCGCCUGGCGCCGCACGGCCUGGACACGAUCGAGGACCACGAAAUGAACAGCGGAGACCAGAGCGACGCGGACCUCAACAAACUUAAGGACGAUUUCUACGCGGACCUCCUGGCGAACACGCCGCCCCUCGAAACGCACCCUACGAUCGGUAUUUCCGGGCCUGAUGGAAUCGACGUGUUCGCCACAACCAAAAACGAUUCAAAGAACACUAUGAAUGACAAGUUGGGCGAGCUUAUCGCGCAACGCGACAGGCUCGUGCGUCAAGACAGUCCCGAUGAGGCAACACUGAAACAAUUGAACAACGAAAUAAGGAGCAUCCUGAUAAACUGCGGCACU